AUGGCCACGACAGAAGCAGCUCCAGCUUCUGCUGGUCCGAGAUAUGCCCCAGAGGAUCCAACUCUUCCCAAACCAUGGAAAGGGCUUAUUGAUGGAAGCACCGGGAUUCUGUAUUACUGGAAUCCUGAAACGAACAUCACUCAAUACGAAAGACCUUCUGCACCGCCUCCACCGUUGCCAGCUGGCGCUCCUCCGCACCCUUCCACGACACCGAAGCUUGCUCAGAUUCCUGUGCCUUCUGCAGGACAAGGCCACCAAGCUCAGCUCGAACAAGCAAAACCAGUUGGUCAUGUGUCUCAGCAGCAUGGUUUACAACAACAGCCACAACAGUUCCCAUCCCAACACGUAAGACCCCAUAUGAUGCAGCAGCAGCAACAUCCCGGCCAGCAAAUGCCUCAACAGUCAGGUCAACAGUUUUCCCAACAGCAGGGACAAUCGAUGGCGCCACAGACCCAUGGGCAUCCUUCUCUACAGACGUAUCAGCCAACGCCGCAGCAAGCAAUGCAGAACCAGCAUUCACAGAUGCCUCAGCAGCUGAGCCAUCAGUAUGCACAUUCACAACAACAGUACAUGGGCUAUCGACCUUACACGCAACCACAAGGGCCUCAAAAUUCACAUCAGACACCUCAUGUUGGUCCCCAGAGUCAGCAGUUUCCGAGCCAGCAAGAGUACAACUCACUGCCUCCAAAGAGAGAGGGAGACGAGUUCCAUGGGGGUAAGAAAACUGGGUUUUCUCAACCCCAUUUUCAAAAUGCUGAAGGUUCGCCAUCUCAAAAUACCCCCUUUGAGGCUAAAGCAUCAUCGCAAAGAACAAAUGCAAACUUGGCUCUAGCGCAGCAAUACAAUGGACCUCAAGCAAACAUUCAACAUCCUGCUGCAGGCGCACAGUUUCAACAGCCAGGGGCUAAUCUGCUCUACCAGCAGUUUGGACCUAGGCCUCCAAAUCACAUGGACCCCAUGUUGCACCAGAAGUCUCAUGGUUCCCCUUUCCGAUCAAAUAAUACUUAUGAGAAUAAUUUACAAUCGAGACCUGGGAGUGACUCCUACGUUAACACGAGAAUGGAAGGGCCGGUUAGGGGCGCCCAACCACUUCAUCCUAAGGAUGUAAGGAUAGGUGGUCCACCUGCAAAUGGUGAUCCCGCCAUGGGGCAAUCAGGGCAUGGAACAUAUGGGCACGCUGGUCCAGCUUUUCCAAAUAAAUCCUUAGCGAGGCCACAUUUUAUCACACCUUCUGAUGUUCCCCAUCUCUCGCCUGUUGAAAUCUACCGAAAACAGCAUGAAGUCUCGACAAGUGGUGAGAACAUUCCAGCUCCAUUCAUCACAUUUGAAUCUAGUGGUCUCCCACCUGAAAUACUUAGAGAGUUGCUUUCUGCUGGAUUUCCAUCCCCAACACCGAUCCAAGCUCAAACAUGGCCAAUUGCUCUGCAGAGCAGGGAUAUAGUUGCAAUUGCAAAAACUGGUUCUGGUAAAACAUUGGGAUACUUGAUCCCUGCCUUCAUUCUUCUUAAGCACUGUCGCAAUGACCCCCGCAAUGGCCCCACAGUUUUGAUCUUAGCUCCUACUCGGGAGCUUGCUACACAGAUACAAGAUGAAGCCCUUAGGUUUGGCCGGUCUUCCAGAAUAUCAUGCACUUGCUUGUACGGUGGAGCUCCAAAGGGUCCUCAAUUGAAAGAGUUGGAACGAGGAGCUGAUAUUGUGGUGGCAACUCCUGGGCGUCUAAAUGAUAUACUGGAGAUGAAGCAGAUUGAUUUCCAGCAAGUUUCCCUUCUUGUGCUUGACGAGGCAGACCGAAUGCUUGACAUGGGUUUUGAACCCCAAAUCCGUAAGAUUGUGAAUGAAAUACCUCCUCGGAGACAGACACUUAUGUACACUGCAACUUGGCCAAAAGAAGUUAGAAAAAUUGCAAGCGAUCUCCUUGUGAGCCCUGUCCAAGUUAACAUAGGCAGCGUAGAUGAGUUGGCUGCAAACAAAUCGAUAACACAGUUUGUAGAGGUAGUCCCACAAAUGGAGAAAGAAAGACGUUUGGAGCAAAUCCUCAGGUCGCAAGAACGAGGUUCAAAAGUUAUAAUAUUCUGUUCCACGAAGAGGCUAUGUGACCAUCUUGCACGCAGUGUCGGACGUAAUUUUGGCGCUGUUGUAAUCCAUGGAGACAAGUCUCAAGGUGAGAGAGAUUGGGUGCUUAACCAGUUCCGAAGCGGGAAGUCGUGUGUGUUGAUAGCUACCGACGUUGCUGCCCGGGGACUCGAUAUAAAAGACAUAAGAGUUGUGAUCAACUACGACUUUCCAACUGGAGUUGAAGACUAUGUCCACCGUAUUGGGAGAACCGGUCGAGCUGGUGCAACAGGAGUUGCAUUCACUUUCUUUACAGAGCAAGAUUGGAAAUACGCGCCUGAUUUGAUCAAAGUCCUGGAAGGAGCAAACCAGCAAGUACCGCCUCAGGUGAGGGACAUUGCAAUGCGUGGUGGUGGUGGUGGUCCAGGUUUUAGCCAGGACCGAAGAGGCAUGGGAAACCGUUUUGACUCUGGCGGUGGUGGGAGCCGUUGGGAUUCUGCAGUUGGGUUUGGUGGGCGUGGUGGUGGGUUUGGUGGCCGUAGUGGCGGAUUUGGAAUGAGGGAUGACUCAUUUGGACGUGGCGGGAAUCGGGGUCGGAGUUUUCCUGGUCCAGAUGCUAGUCAUAUGAAUGUGGGUAGAGGCGGAUUUGGUCGGUUUGGCAAUAAUAAUAUGGACGGGAGAGGCUUUGGGCGUGGCGGUGGUGGUGGUGGUAGAGGCUUUGGGCGUGGCGGUGGUGGACGGUUUGAUAACAGAAGAGGUAGAAGCCGUAGCAGAAGUCCUGAUUUGGUUAGGCCGCGGCGCCGUAGCUAUAGCCGUAGCCGGAGCCGGAGCUAUAGUCGUAGCCGUAGCAGGAGCUGGUCACGCUCAAGGAGUCGUAGCCCUAGGCAUAGCCGUGACCGUGGUGGUCAUAAUCGGAGCAGAAGCUAUAGCCGUAGUCCUAGCCCGGUUUAUGAAAGACGAGAUAGGCCACCGCGUGUUUCUGGGUUUGAUAUUAAACCACCAGUUGAGUCUGUAGUGAACCCGGACACAGUAGCAGCGGCGGCUUUUGAAACCGUGGUCUCUACGCCACUGUCUGAGAGACAAGGGAAUGGGGUUGUCGAGCCAGAGGCAGAAGCGGCUUUAGUACGACCAGUGAUUGAUGAUUCCUAA